AUGCAUUUUAUCGCAUCCUUUUUUAUAUUGAUUUUAAUACUUGUAAAAUGUUUAGAUUGUGCUGAUAAACAGAGUAGCAAACAAGGAGAUGAAUCUAAGGAAACAGAUUUGCCCUCACUAGAAGGGUUAUCAUUAGUUCCAUAUAGUGACAGUGAAGAAGAGGAUAAUUUUGAUGUAAAUGAAACUACUGAAACAAAAUCUCAAACAGAACUGAAAUCAAAUCAACAAGAAGAAACACAACAAACUCAACAACAAUCAGCUCAGUCUCAACCAAGUCAAUUAUUACCACAACCAACUCAAAUAGAACAAUCUGGUACUUAUCAACAUUAUGGACCUCCAGUUUUUCCUCCACAACCCGAACCAAUGCUUUAUUUUGUACCAAUACCUACAUCAGAGCCUCUACCUCUACCAAUACAAACGGUUCAACCACAGCCACCACAGUAUUAUGGACCACAACAAUAUCAUCCAGGAAUUCAAUACGUCCCAUAUCAGACGUUACAAAUACCUCAACCACAGGUUGGACCACCUCUGCCAUAUCAACCUAUACCUUAUCAAUUACCGCCACAACCUAUACCUUAUCAGCCACAGCCACAACAUAUACCUUACCAACCACAGCCACAAAUUGUACUAGCUCCACCAUCUCAGCCCAUGGUACAACCACAAGAUGUAACUAGUCAAGGACAAAUUCAAGAUCAGGCACAGGAAACUACUGAUAAACCUGAAGAAAAGGGGGCUGUUGGUGAAAGUGAAUCUGUAAGAAAUCUAAGACCAAUUACAUAUUUACCUAAAAGUACACCACCUAGAUUUAAAGAUUUACGACAAAAAAAUUUGCCACCCAGACAUGUUAAAAAACAGGAAAGUAAAAGCUCAUUUGUAAAAUUACAUGGAGAUAAACCUACACAGCCCAUUGAACAUAAGGGUACGACUCAAACACCAGAUAAGGUUCAAGAUCAACAAACUGGUGACGCUGCUGGAUCAGGAGAUGGUCAACCACCAUCAGACCAACCUGAACAACCUAGUGAAUCCGGUGGUGCUGAAGGCGGUGAUGAGCCAGAAAACCCUGAGGAUAAAGAAGAAGGAGCAGUUGGAGGAGCAAAAGCAAGUUUGUGUGAAAAAAUUACUCUGAUGAAAAAGAAUUCUGAAGGGGCGUUGAUUGAAAUGACUGAGAAAGAGUACAAAAUUAUAGUUGAUAGUCGAUUCAAAAUAAAAUUUAGACCUUUUAGAAACCUUGAACAAGUAUUGUGUGACGGUGAAAUUGUUUAUUGGCAUAGAUCUGACAAACCAUAUUGCAGCAUCUUGUCAUUCAACAAAAAAAAUAAUGCUUUUAUUAUUUAUCGUCCAGGAGGAUUCCUUCUAAUAAAACAGAAAUUAGGAAAGUGGAAACCAAUAACAGCACCUAAUAUUCCAAAUUACGUGAAAUUUUACAGACAAGGUUCAACGGGAAAUGAAGUUGAAAUUGUUCCAUUAAAUUAUCACCUUGAAUUUACGUCACAGGCAUCGUUUAAGUAUACAUUCAAAACAGAUGUGCAUUGUAGCAAAAUGGUGGUUAGAAAUCAAGUAGUUUGGAUAAAAACGGCUAGCGAAGGAUUUCCAUCAUCUAUGAGUUUAACUAAUUUAGAAAAUGUCGUUAUUUUAUUCAAAGGUUAUGUUCGAGUAUUUAAAAAAACGCCUGAAGGUUAUAGACAUCUAUUCAUUAAAUCAGAUGCUGGGUACCAUGAAGAUUAACCCAUUUACACAUCUAAUUUAAUCUCUAUAUCUUUAUUUA